AUGGCUGGUGGUGAUACUUCGACGCCUGCUGAUGGUUUCCUUCAAUACCACGAACCCAAUAUUAUUCAACUCCUCGUUCUUGUUUCUUUCUUCUUCUGGCUUUGCUUUGGCGAAUGGCUCUCCAACCGUGUGUUCCGCGCCGGCCUCAUUGGGCAAAUUGUAGUCGGACUGAUCUAUGGCUUACCUAUUGGCAGCACCAUCAUCCCUAUUCCAUGGCAAGAAGCUUUUAUAGCACUCGGUUAUAUAGGGCUUGUCUUGAUCAUCUUCGAAGGCGCAUUAGCUGUGCGGCUCGACUUGCUCAAGGCCAAUUUUGGUCUAUCAUUCAUUGCCGCCGUCAUUGGCGUCAUAUGUCCAAUUGGAUUCACAUAUGUACUCUUGUACAUCGGCUUCGGAUAUGGAGCUGUUGAGACUUUUAUUGUUGGAGCAGCACUUUCUGUCACAUCGCUUGGUACCACAUUUGUGGUGCUAGGGAAAAGCUCCAAAGAUAUCAACUUCUCAGACACGAGAGUGGGAACUGUCCUGGUCAGCGCUGCAGUCUUUGACGAUGUCUCUGGUUUGGUAAUGGCAAGUGUUAUCAACCAACUCGGAGCCCUGGGAGGCGACGACUCUCCUAACCUGGGAUGGCUCAUUGGCCGCCCUACCCUCGUCUCCGGCUUGCUCGCAAUCCUCACCCCCGUCCUGAACAAAUGGCUCCUCGCGCCGCUGUACCGCAAGUUCAUCGAACCUCGUCUCCCGAAGACACGAAAACGCCAUGUCGUCAAUGCCAUGAUUAUGAUCUUUGUGCUCUGUGCCUUCUUGAGCAUUACAGGGUUUGGCGGGACGUCGGUCCUCUACGGCUCCUUCAUGGCCGGUGCCUUCUUAACGUACCUCCCAUCCAAGCACCCGACCGGCCCAUUCCACCCACCCUCGCGCGAGGAUGCCGAAGAAGCCGAAGCCCGGAGCAUUGCAGAAGCAUCACAGCUCGAUAACGGCGAGCCUGAAAUCUGUCCCACGUUCAUGCACACGUUUGAAAAGUACUUUCUCGACGUGGUAAAGUACCUCUUACAGCCUCUUUUCUUCGCCUCGAUCGGCUUCGCCAUCCCCUUUGUCGAUCUCUGGACCGCCGAGGCCUUCUGGAAAGGCUUCGUAUACACACUGCUCAUGCUGAUAUCCAAGCUCGUCGUCGGCUUCGUGAUCCCCUUUGCCAGUAUCAAGAACCGCCCUGAGGGCAUGUCGAUCCGCGAAGCCUUCACCUCGACCCUCUGGCCCGCCAUGCUUCUCGGCUCCGCAAUGGUGGCCCGCGGCGAAAUCGGCCUGCUCGUCGUCCAGAUCGGCCUCAACAACACGCCCUACUUGUCCAAGGAGGCCUUCAUCACGGCCGUCUGGGCUAUUGUCCUCAACACCAUUUUCGGGCCCGUCACCGUCGGUCUCAUCAUCAAGUACAAGGCUAGGGCUAUUGCCGAUGGCAUGUGGGGGCUGGAGAAGCAAGGAGAGCCCGAAUUCGAUUAUGCGAUGAGUAGAGCAAACACGGUGAUCGAGACUGCGAGCGUACAGAGGGGGAAGAGUAUGGCUAUGAGCCAGCAUACUAGGAAUGUGUCCGAGACGGUGACAUUAAGUGGGGAUGUGUAG